AUGCCGAAGGCUUCUUUGGAUCCACCGGAUCCGAAAGAUCCCGAGAAAGUCGACGUUGGGUUGAAGAUGAAGAUGGCGGCGGAAGAAGAGGAGGUUCCUGUCGUGGACGUUCGCAAGGCGAGCUUGAUUAUGCGCACGCUGGAUGUUUUCUUCGUGGUGUAUCUGCUGUUUUAUGUUGGGAUUGUGGCAGUGAUGGUCAUUGUUUCUGAUAACUGGUGGGAUCCAUGGCCAGGUGUUCUUUUUCUAUCGCCUAUCUGCAUAGUGACGCUCUGGUUGACACCCAAGAUGAAGGAUGUGUAUGUUCAACUCUAUGCUACGAAGAAAGCACCGAAAAGUGACAGUGAUCUUUGCACCAAACUACUGGCAUUUGAAAAACAAACUAAUAAGUGA